AUGGGCGUGGGCGUCGGUACUCGCUUUCACACCGGUAGUUGGGAGGGAAGCGGAGGGGGGUAUGGAACCAUUUUUAGGUGAAUUUGGAUGACGAGUGCUUGACGGCGUCAUACGACGUCCACAUGGACGGGGAGACGACAGAAAAAACCUUCCCCGCGAAGCAAGUUGAGGACGCCGUAUGGUAUGCUAGAAGACUUCACCAGAGGGCACCAUCCGGGGGGGGAGAGAAGGACUCUAAGCAAGCGGGCGGUGGGUCAAGCGGGGGAAAACAAUGCAAGGGUGGGGAUGCUUCUGGACCUCACGGUAGUCCGGGAGUGGAUGGCACGACGAAUAAUGAACGGAACUCCGAACGGGAUGAGGGGUCCGAUAAAGAAGGUAGUGGGAAUGGUGGCGGCGACAACAAACGGAAGCAUGGGUCGGCGGGGGAUGGGAAGCGGAAGCGGCGGUCGGCGGGCCGCAGGGAGCAGUCGGGAGCGGGCGAUGGGACGGGCGAAGGAGGGGGUGGGCGUGGUCCCGGUUGGGAAGAUGACCCGGACAAGGAAGAUGACCCGGAUAAGGACCCAGGCUCGGGGGACGACGAAAACAAGGAGAAGGAGUUGUGCGAUUAA